AUGGGAAGGUCAUCUAUUGCUUGUGACAAGAGCAUCAUUGUCUAUGAAGAAUCUUUGUAUUUGCUUUUCUUUUUAAUCUUUGUGGGCCUUUGGCCACCAUUUGUUAAAUCAGCAAAAACGUCAACCUCUCCUCAAUGCUUGGGAAGUAAUGGUGUCGUCAGUUGGUGGAUCAUCAAAAAGAUACCAAACUCUCAAGCAUCCAUCUAUGUCGACUCAACCUCGUCCGAGAUCUCUUAUCUAUCGAGUAUCACUGACCGUAAUGGCUCUCUUGCCAAAACACUCGCACAGCUAAGCGCUGACAGUAUCACGUCGCCCUAUUCCUACGCCAUGUGGAACGAUCUGCCUUGGUACGACGACCAAUCAGGCGAGAUUCCAAAGUCUGUCUCUGGUCAAUACUCACCAUCUGACUUUACCAACCCCGACUAUGACCCUAAAGAUGACACAUGGAGCAUCCAGCACGGACCCAAGGGCAUUAUCGGUGUAGGUGGUGGUCUCAACGGGUCAGAUAUUGGUGGCUUCCACAUUCACCACUCCAAGGAAGGCUUCCCCAUUCCCAUCCGUUCCAACUCUGCCAAAUUUAAAUCACCUCUAGAUUUUGAUCAGUGGUUUCAGUCUCAAGAUACUCGAUCGGCUCCAGAUGCAGACAACAUAAACGAUGUCUCGCUUGGCCACACCUUUAGAACAAAUCCAUUACCUCUUGGAGCAGUUGGUAUAACAGAAAUGAAGAUUUAUAAAGAAUUUGGAGACUAUGACUCGACUGAACAAGCGUUCGUCACUCCAUGGGCAAAUGAUAUCGACUCUAUUCACAUUGCAUUUAACGAGAGUCAGGUGUGUAUUGUAGAUUCUACGUGUGCCACUGGUGGAUGCACGAUCACUUGUUUAAGGUUUGCCGAAAACAAUGUUGGUGCCAGAAUGAUCAAACCACUGGCCAAGUUCUUUUGGAUGAUAUCACACAAGAAGCUCUCGGCUCCUUGCACCUCGAUUCAAGACUGUCCACAAGAAGUACCAUUCCACGGCACUUUUACCAACUUUAGAGGCAAGGUCAUGAUUGAUUUGGACGACUCGUCGGUCAUAUCAUCUGGGCUAGCUCCUUAUUUACAUGCUACUAGAGACUCGAUCAUUCGUUUGACAAACGUCCAAGUUUACAGUAGUGUUAUCAAAGGAUGUGAUAAACAUUGCCACAAAGCUGCCCGAUCGUUCUCUGCCCUCUGGACAAACGACAAAGGAACCAUUCGAUUUAUCAAGCAUGGCGAACAACCUCAUGUGGAACUCGAGCUGACCAACACCAUGUUCCCACGCUUUAUGUUUAUCGACGAGCAUGGCAAUCCUUUGCUUCGACCAAUGUCAUCACCCAAACCAUCCAUUUAUGUUCCAACCACGCUUGACAAUGUAGUAUUCCUCUUCCACACCAUUGCCCAAUUGCAACAAUCCAUCUCGUUGGUACAAUACCGUGACCACCUGAACCGAUUGACAGUGACCAUUCACAAUGGGUCUCAAGUUGCUCGCAUUGGUGAUACCAACAUUGACAUUUCCCUUGGUGCAAUGUGUAUGGACACUAUACUCCAAGCGUAUGCAUAUAAUUUUAUUAAAAGAUUAAACCCUUUGUAUGCAACCAACGAUUCGUUGUUCCCGUCCUCUGGCGUCACAAUUUCCGAGUCGAUUGCGAGUGACCCAUCUGUUUCACUCAUUCGCGGCCUUGUCAAUGUUGUGGCGAUGUAUCUCCGUCAAGAUGUUUAUCCCGAUCUUCCUCGUGUCCUCCUAGAGUCUCUUGGGUCGUGCACAGGAGGUACCCCUGUCAACAUUGAGACGUUUUCCUCAUCAUCCAUUGUACGACGAAAUGGUCUACAUUCCGAUGGAUGGGUUACUGCCAUGCUUUGGGAUUUACUUGACGAAGAGAAUGACGAUCACCUCUCUUUUUAUCAUCGUUCAUCUCCAAACUAUGAUGAAAACACUGGUAUCACCAUUACCUUCCAAACCAUUCUAGAAACCAUCAAUUCUUCAAAGUCUCUGCCACCAAAUGCCGUGUCAUUUGUCCAAUCACUCUACGAUCACUUGUCAGUGUACGAACCAAACCAAGAUCUCCAAAUUCUUCAUGCCAACCGUAUUAUGCUUUACAAUCAAAUACACAAGUGUGACCAACCAACAAACUGCGGCAAACUACCCACGACAUCUGACAAUCCAACCUUGCAUCAGUACCUCUUGUCAAAGGGUAUUUGCCAACAACAACUAGACGACCCAGAUACCAUAAAAGAUUUGGAGGCGGUGUUGCUUUUAUGGGCACAUGAUAAUACCAAUCCAAUCACUUCAAAUAAUGGACUGACCUUUGUUUAUGAAAAAGGAUUACUCCUUGACCUAAUCAACAGCAAUCAGUUUGUUCAUGCGCUCAUGGGUUUGAACGAUCCUGUAAAAGCAUGUAGGUUUGGUCUCUAUGGUCCUCAACAACAUAUUCUCUCGCCUCUUGGAGUGGUAGCACUUACCAAAAUGUUGGUCAUUCAAUCAAGUCUUGCAACACGUAUCAUCGAUUACAAUGAAAUUACAACUUAUUUUAUUGGACAAGAAAACCAACCAGGAUUAAUCAUCUCAAAACAUCGCAAUUUAUUUUGUGGAUUUAUAAUUGCUUCCAAGGAAUUAUUUGAAAAAGGUGAUGUAGCGAUUGAUUUAUGUGAUUCUGGUCCAAAUGUUUUUAAAAUCGAAGGAGUAUUGUCAUCUCCUCCUGUACCAUCAUCUAAUCAUCGUAUCUCUAUCGUUGGACGUAAACUAGAUCAAGCAAUUAUUUAUAUUGGUGACAAUCAAUGUACCGACCCAAUCAUUACCAAACAAGGUAAUAGUGAUCUACUCACUUGUCUCGUUCCAUCGGCGUUUGGUAAUCAACCCAUUCAUUACGCUGCGUCGUCACCCAAGCUGCUUCCAUUGGAAGAACCAAACAUUUUUACAAAAAGCAUGUACUCGUACGAUGGUCCAAUACUCGUUCGAGUUGAAACAAGUGAGGCACCUGCCAAGACGAUCGGGACAGUCGUGAGUGUAUUUGGAAAGAAUUUUUACACUCUGACCUCCACCCCCAACGACAUUGAACUCACCGAAGGUUCAUUCAGAAUCACCGCAACCAAGACAGGUGCACGAGCAAUCAACACCGAACAAGAAGAUGUCGUGGUCUACCAAACUGAGGGAUCCGGCGCCGGUCUCAAACAGGUGAUCAGUUUAGUAGUUGGAGAAACUCAAGAUACCUACUCCCAAGACACCUUUUACAUUGACUAUCGAGCACCGGUUAUUACUUCGACCAUUCCUCCCGAGCCUACUGCUCCAAGCCAAGGAGAAACCGUGAUUACCAUCAAUGGCCAUUCAUUUGGAACCGAUCUAAAACAAGUUUCUGUUACUAUUGGUAAUGAACCGUGUGAUGAGACUAUCAUGUCGAUCCCCGAUACUCAAUUAAUUUGUCAGGGAUCACCCGACGGAUUCGGGGAUUUUGAUAUCCAAGUCACAGUCAAUGGUCAGAAAAGCAUAGAAACAGAAUUUUACGUCUCGUAUAACCGUCCAAUCAUCGACUAUGUCAUUUCCUCGCCAAUGAAAACCGAGGAGGGUGGAACAUUUUGGAUAGUUGGUCAAGAUUUGGGUGUUCGGUCAUGGGGUGAUGUAAUCGUCACUCGAAACUACCUAAGAAUGGAGGUAGAAUGCCAAACUAAAUUCGAGUCGUAUGCAACCGAUAAACUAAUUAGUUUGGAUAUUGAAGAGGGGGAUUUCGAUCCCACCGAGCAAUUGCCUGAAUGGUAUCUAGAGAAUGUGGAUUAUGAUAUCAUUCCUUGUAUUUUACCUCCUGGAAUUGGUCAAGACGAUUUCCUCUUGGUUACCAUUGAACAAGAAUACGAUUCCAACGUCUCACCACAACCAACUGGUUAUUUACCACCUACCAUUGAAAAAAUACAAAAACAAGAAGAAAAAGAAAUAGAAGAAAAGGAAAAAGAAGAAAUAAUUUAUUCCUUUGAAGAUGGAACAGAUGGUGGAGCUGUAUUGAAUAUUUUUGGAUCCAAUUUUGUACCAAACGAAUAUGUUCUAAAUUACUUUGAUCCAGACACUGGAGAAUUGGUUGAAGAGGAUGCUGACAUUUCUGGUCCAGAAAAUUAUACGUUUGUCUCUUUUCAAGAUCCAUCCCACUCUACUCUUCUCGCAAGAUAUCUGACUAAAUUCAUCAACUCUUCUUUGGUCACGAUAACUGUCCCCGCUGGAAUAGGAAAAGACAAGAUACUCAACCUCACAAUUGGCAACUUGACGAUGACCAAUUCCCAAUCCUCCAACAACCUAUUCAAGUUUAGUUACAAACCACCAUUGAUUAAAGAUGCCAAGUACUCUACCGACACCAACGGCUCGGUCAUCACCAUCCAAGGAGAAAACUUUGUACCUCUACAACUUGUCCAAGAAAUCAACCAACAAUCAACUCAACCAAAACGAAACAACCUCAGUGUGUCUAUUGGUGAACAAUAUUGUGAGUCUUGGAAAUGGAUCGAUAGUAAAAAUGUAGAAUGUUUAGUACCAACAGGAACUGGUGCAAAUCAUGAAAUUAAAAUAAUUGUUGGUACUCAAAAAGUUAAUCAAAAUAAUUAUUUCAAUUAUAAUAAACCAAAAGUUGAAAAGAUAAUACCAAAUGGUGGAUUAAAAUUAGGAGAUACAAUGAUUGAAAUUAUUGGAAAGAAUUUUGCAAACAUAUCAACUGUAAAGAUUGGUGACAAAAAUUGUACUGUCGAAUCAUGUCAAGACACAUUGAUCAAAUGUAAAACACCUGCCUAUGAAGAAAGUGAACAAAAAGUGGUUGUCACCACCGACGGUCAAUCUUCAGAGGAUGAUAUUAGGUUUACAUACUACAAUACCUACAUUGACACUGUAACCUCUACAAAGCACGGAGUACUAGGUGAUUAUGCAAUCACUCUUACUGGAAAGCAUUUACAAGAGGAAGACUACACAACAUCGGUAUACUUUAAUGACCAACAGGCAACUGUAAUAGAAGUGUCAAAAGAAAGAGUCAUUAUUGAAGGCAUACAAGGAGGUGGCAAAGAUAUCAAGACCUAUGUCACACUUGAGCAUGUAACAUCUAGUACCCACAAAUUAAAUUCAAAUGAAAACACCAACUUUUCAUACAAUGCACCAUUGGUUCGCUUGCUUUCUUCCAACAGUGGUGAUUCAGAUGAAUCCAAACAAAUUACCAUCAAUGGAGAUGACCUCGGACUGCCAAAUCAAACCUCUUCAGUCACACUUGAAGAUGGCUCUUGCCAAUUUAUUUCUACCGACUCGACAGGUACAAAAAUUCAAUGUGUUAUUCAACCGGCCUCUGCUGGCACAAGAUCGAUUGUCGUUACUUUUAAAGGACAAUCAUCCAAUGAUGAUGUGAAAUACACUCACAAAGAUGGCCCUCCCAAACUCACCUCGAUCAAUCCAUCCAAAGGAAGAAUGUCCAAACGUACACUAAUCAACCUCAUCGGUAAUAACUUUGGUUCCAAUCCAAAGGUAAAGAUUGGUGAGACACCUAACCAAAAGGAAUGUAACAUUACCUCGUCUGGAAAAACAAAAAUAUCUUGUAUCAUGCCAACUUUUGAGAGAGAGGAAAGCGUACGAAUUACGGUAUACGUAUCUGAUGGAAGACAAACUCUGGAAGAUGUCAGGUACUCUUACUAUGGUCCUCCAAAAAUCACUUCUAUCAAACCCGAGGAAGGAUCAAUCACUGGUGAUUACCCAAUCACAUUGGUUGGUCGUAACUUUGUUGAACAAGGAUCGACACUGACUGUCAAGUUUAACAACACUCUGGCUACUGUUAGGUCUCACUACAACACAAUUGUGAUCAUUGACGGCAAGAAAGGGUAUGGCAAAGAAAUACCUAUUCUUUUGACACUUGGUGAUCAAAGCACCGACAACAACCAAUUCUGUUACUCCAAACCCGUUAUCAAAUCAAUGACACCAAACUCUGCCAAGGAAGACGAAGUUGUAAAUAUUCGUAUCAAUGGUACAGAUUUGGGUCUUCCUGGCUACCAUACCAAGCUUUUAAUUGGUGGGGUAGAAUGUCCACCGACCUUUAUAGCGGCUGAUGGAAAGUCCCUUCAUUGUACCGAUCCUUCCCGUGAAAAAGGUAAAUAUAAUGUUCAAGUCUUUUUCAUUGGGGAAGGUCCUGGUUCUCAAGAAUCAAACAUUGUCAAUUUUACACGUAAAGGAGAUGAAAGUAGCGAUAGUAGUGAAAACAGUAGUGAAAAUAGUAGUGAAAGUAGUACAGAAUGUCAAGGAUCUAAUUGUAAUGGUAAUGGUGCUCCCACAACGACCCCACCACCACCACCCCCACCACCCCCACCACCUCCUCCACCACCACCACCUCCUACACCUGGAGGACCUUCAACUGGCCCCUCAACAGGUCCUUCAACAGGUCCUUCAACUGGCCCUUCAACAGGUCCUUCAACAGGACCCUCAACUGGCCCUUCAACAGGUCCUUCAACUGGCCCUUCAACUGGCCCCUCAACGGGACCUUCAACUGGUCCUUCAACUGGCCCCUCAACGGGACCUUCAACUGGUCCUUCAACUGGCCCUUCAACUGGCCCUUCAACUGGACCCUCAACGGGACCUUCAACUGGUCCUUCAACUGGACCCUCAACGGGACCUACACCUGGUGGACCUUCAUCAGGCAUCGAUAAUAUUUUUAAUUUGUUUAAGAAAACAAAGACAAAAUAUCCUGGCAUUGAUCUUAAUAUUGACAAUACUGAUGAUGACGAUGAUAUUACCGAUGGUAGUGGUACUGAUACUGAUGACACCAGUGGUAGCGAUAGUGAAGACACCAACAGUGACACUGACAGCGACAGUAAUACCGACGAUGACGACAGUAAUCUAGGCCCAGGAAGCUCCACAGCGGGAAGACGUCCAGAUCUACCAGGUAUUCGUCAACCACCUCGUGAUCCUCUCAUUACACCUCCUAAAAUAUCUCCUGAUCCAACUACUGCAGGAGUCAACUACCCUGUUGACCCAACCCACCCUACAACAACAACAUCUGGAGGAAGUGUCGGUCUUUUUGCAACAGUUCAAGGUAUUAUUUUCAAUGACAAAAACUGGAACAAUGUACAAGAUGAAGGAGAGACAGGUAUUUCCGGUCUUGUUGUUUAUGUUGCAGCAGACCCAACCUUACCCCCAACAACCAGUGACGGAUUUGGAAGAUUCGAGAUUAAUGUACCUCAAGACGGUAAUAGAUAUUGGAUUACUGUUCAACCCACUUCCACAUACUUUUAUCCACUCAAUCCAAAAUCUGUUGUGGCCGACUCCCAAACAGUUCAAAUUAGUUUUGCUGCCUUUGUUAAAUCUGUCUAUGGAUGUAUUGGUUCAUUCUCGACAAUCAACAAUGAUGUUUUGAAUCUUCAGUACGGAGUUUAUAACCUUUUAGACUUUGGUUGGACAUCCUCAAUGUUUAAAUAUUUUAAUUUCCCUUCUGAAUGUCAAACUGAAAUGGUUACUAUCUCACACAUUAAAAUUAACUAUAAAACAACAUUAAAUUUUACAUUCUUUUAUGAUAAUAAUAUGAAUGGACAAAUUGAUGGUGAUAGUUUUAGUGUGCACAAAGACAACUUUACAAUGACAGUUGAAUCAACCGUAAAUGGCAAACAAUUGGUGAGAAAUUAUACAACCGAUAUAUUUUCUACCAAUUUUGUUGUUAAUGUCCCAUCAACCUCGGUCAUUAGUCUUGCGGCCGACAAACAAGAAACUACUUUUGUACCCACCAUCCAAAAUAAGAUUGUGUCUGUGCCUGACCCCUCUGUCCGAAGCAAGAUCAAUGUCAGUUAUGGUGUAUUUGAUAUUCUCCCUCCCAAAGUUGCACAAUUAACCGGUCUCGAUAAACAAGUUCUCAGUCUUCCUCUUGGAAAGUAUCCUCUUUCAUUCUUUGAAAAGGUUGGCUUUAGUCUACAACAGUUGACCGAUUUGGUUGUUCCAAGUGGCAAAUCUAUUAUCAUUGCUCGAGCCGGACAACCAAAUAACGUUUACCAAACUCCUGUCACUCUUCAACCAAUCCCUUCUUUAAUAUUCAUUGAAGUUUACGAUCCAUAUUUAUUUAAAGGUUUACCGCCCAUCAAUUCAACUGGAAUGAACUUUAACAUAUCAAGAGUUUAUUAUAGAUUACCAUCAUUCUUUGUUGAAGGAUUGAAAAUAUCUUGCUCACCAAUUUCAGUUGAACUUGUUCAAUGUUCCUUCCCACCUUUCUUUGGUGGCUCACUUACCAAAAAAAUCACAUUGACUUGGAAUGAUAUUCAACUCGAAGCUUCGUACCCCAUCACCUACCAAGACUCAUCCGACCCAACUGUAAUAACCACUUCCACCACCACCACCACCACCACUAGUACAACGACUGGUGGAACAACCACAUCAACCAAUAGUAGCUCAACUACAGGAGGAAGUAAUCCCACAACUACCAGUACAACAACCGGAGGAAGUAAUCCUACCACCGGAGGAGAACAACAACCAACUCAUGGUUUAAUUGGAGGUAGAGUUUACUAUGACAAUGGUUACAACAACGUCUGGAAUAGAUGGGAUCAACCCGUAUUUAAUCGGUCCAUUAUUUUGAUUGGAACAACAGGCAAUCUAACAGUAAACACCACCAUUGAAGGUUUCUACUACUUUAGACCACCAUUUGGGACGUACAAGAUCUAUGUCGACGAAUCAGACCCAACCAUUCAUAUUCCAAUCAAUCUCUUCCCGACAACCCUCUCAUUGGAGAAUGCAAUCUUUAAUAGAGAUAUAUCAGUCAUUGUGAAAGCCGAUUACGGCUGUUUUGGUGAUAUCAGUAAUGGUGUCGGAGGAGCAAAGGUUAAAUUCCAAUACGGUCAAUUCUAUUUACCAAACUAUGGUAUUACCGAUUUUAACACUGCCGUCAAAACUUUCCCAAACUAUUGUAAUGUUAGAUUGAUAGACAAUUAUCUCUACAUUCAAUAUAAUAACCUAGUAGUUGUCAAUCUUUAUUAUGACCUCAACAUGAAUGGCAUAGAAGAUGACAAUGAAAAAUUAUGGAACCAAUUACCAUACCCAAUGACAAUGUAUGUUGACUCUAGACUUGGAGGAGAAGGAGAUGGGCCAUACUUUACAAGAGAAUACAUUUUAUCUAAAAUUGCAUUGGUCGAUAUUCCAUCAGGAUCAUAUAUUCGUAUUGUCCAAAAAAGUGGUGAUAAUACAACAACCACAAUAUCAAGUAAAUUUAUUAUUCCUCCUCCUUUGGCUCCAUCCUCCAACACUACUAUUAGCAUUACGAUGGGUAUUUUCCAUUACCCCAGAUCAAAAUCACUUUUAAUCAAUUCAACCAUAGACAAAGAAUCGAUGAACCUUCCCUAUGGUCGUUACCUAGCUUCCUUUUUUACAAAUAUUGGCUGGAAUGGAAAUAGAUCAUUUUCGUUUAACCUCAAUGCCGACCAAGCCAUCGUACUCGUGCCAAGUGAUCCAUCCUACCCAACUUUGCUUUACGAGUAUGAAGGAAAACCAAUUUCCUUAAACUUAUCGGAAACUAAUUAUACAUAUGAAAUAUUAGAUCCUUAUUUAUGGAAUAUCCCAUUAGUUCCAAUUGAAGGAAUGACUGUUGAUAUUAUCGAUAGAUAUAUCAAUCAGACAGUAGAUUAUUAUCUAGACAAUCAAAAACUGCAAUGUACUAGAUUGACAGAUAACACUUUCGUUCGUUGCGUUAUUCCACCAAACUCCAAUGAAGAAACACUCAAACCAAUUUCUAUUAAAUGGAACGGUCAAGACCUUUAUCCCUACCAUUCCAUUAGAUAUGGAUUGAACUCGAUGAUAAAAGGCCAAUUAUUCAUCGAUACAAAUAUGAAUAUGGAAUAUAAUGAAAACGUAGAUAUCUUGAUAAAAGAUGAUAACAUUCAAGUUCAAUUGGUUGACCUUUCCACAGGAACCAUUGUCGAAACGGUCGAAUCUUCAUUUGGACUCUAUACAUUCUCAUCACGAUUAAAAGCAGGUGACUAUGCUGUAAACGUUCAAAUUGGUGUAGAAUCUACUUACUUUGCACCAUUGGAAACUAAAAAAGUUCAAGUAUCCGAAUCAAUGUCGGCAACGUAUAUCAACAACAUUGCACUUUUCCAAAAGAAUGAAAAAGGAUGUGUUGGUCAUUUGAUUACUUCUGACAAUGAAAAAUUGCAAUUACAAUAUGGUACCUUUGCAUUGGAGACCUUUGGAUGGUCAUUGUUCAAUAUCUCUACAAAUAAUCUACCAAACAUGUGUGAUUUAAUUGUAAAUAAUGAAACUAAAAUAAUUUCAAUUAAAUAUAAAUCAAAUAUUUUAAUUAAUCUUUAUUUGGAUAAGAAUAUGAAUGGAAUUUAUGAUGGAGAACUUGAAAAUAUAAAUGAAAUUGUUGUUGGUAUUACUGUACAAUCAAUGUUGGGUAGCAAAUUAAUUUCUCAGUAUGUUGAAUCUUCGACAGGAAUCAUUGCACUUGAUGUUCCUUCAAACUGUCAAUUCAAGAUAAAUGAUGAAAGAUUUGUUACUCUUACUCAAAACCUUCAGGUCAUUCAAGAUCCUAGUAUUUGGUCUAACCAAAACCUAUAUACAGGAAUGAUUCCAUCAAAUGCCACCAAAUUGCAAUUAAAUGGAGAUGAUAAUCAACAAAGUGUCAAACUCCCACUUGGUCAAUACUCAUUAACCUUUUUUACAAAUAUUGGAUGGUCAUCCAACAAACUCUUGCCCCUUCAAUUAGACCCUUCUUUAAACCUUUCUCUUACCAUCCAAUAUACAAACCAAGAACAACCAAACAUCUAUAACUCUACUGCUCAAACUGGGUUAGUCAUAGACCUCAACACCACUUUUUCCUUUUUAGAAAUAUUUAAUCCUAAUUUAUUGGUAGAUGGUUUACAACCAGUUUUAUCAAAGGGUAGAGGUGGUGUGAUAACGUUUACAAAUCAAUACUAUGGUACACCUAAAUACUUUAUAGGACAAUCAGAGCUGUCUAUUAAUCAAACAGAUCAAGUGAUUCAUUUAACAAUUCCUCCUCUGACUGACCAAGAAGAAGAAGUACUCACCAAGAAUUUAACAUUGACUUGGAAUGAGAUUGGACUCUAUACAUCGUAUUUGCUACAUUAUCAGCUUGAUCCAACAACCAACGACACAACGACGACGACUACAAUCCAAGGAAUAAUGUAUUACGAUUCAAAUGGAAAUAAUAUUUAUGAAGAAACCGAGCCAACAGUCCAAAACCAAGUCAUCACUAUUGCCGACGAAAAAGAGGGUUCUAUUCAAACGAUCUCUACUGACAACCAGGGAGCUUUUCUCUUUAAUGUAUUAGCCGGAACGUACAUCCUAUCAGUCUCACCACCUACCCUCCAGAGUUCCUCUUUUAUUGUUCCUCUCAACAAUGUGGUUCUUGUCGUGGCCAACCAACAAAAGCUCAAACACAACAUUUCAAUCAUGAGUGUUUCACCAUUUGAAUGUACAGGAUCGAUUCAAGUUCAAGAUGGACCACAAGUAACUGUACAAUAUGGUAGAUUUGGAUUUAACUAUUUCGGAUCAACAAAUCAAUUUUCAUCAAUUCAAUUACCAAUACAUUGUAUGAUUGUUAAAGAUGAAUUGAAUAAUGUUGAUGUUAUUUAUAAUAUGUUUGAAUUCACAAAGAAUUCACCGGUUGCCAAAUUUGGAGUCAGUCUUCCACUCAAGAGAGAGAUCUUCAAUGACCAAGAUAUUGUUUUAUUCUCUAUCUACCCAUCAACAAUACCUUUGGAGUGUACGUCAGACGUUGUAUUGAAAGAAUUCAUUUGUGAAAUUCCAGCAACCAACAAAAGCCAAGAUUUAAUUCAACUGUCCCUCAAUGGUCACUUCUCACCAUUCUUGUAUACAUUGAAUUAUAUUGAAUUAACCUAUAAUAUUCCAAAAGAAAGUGAUCUAUUCUUGACUGUUGGAAAUAAUGUAACAUAUGAUCAACUAUCUACUCGUUUGUCGAUCAAUUAUACUGAUAGUGAUGGAGUAGCACACACAAAUGCUCUCACAUUUUCAACAAUCGAUGGAAUGAACAACUCGUACAUUAUCUUGACCCGUGAUAAUGUACCUGUAAACAUGGUCGCUUUAAACGGACAAACAACAUCGAGCAGCUAUUUUGAAUUUGAAGCAAAUGGAAACCUAUGUGUAAAAUCCCAAUUAAAUGCCACCCUCGGAUGCAUGGGUACAGAAUACUACAACAUCCAUUACAUGCAAUUGGUAAAAGAAGGAAUCGUCUUCCAAAACGCCAAAGGAGAGGUUGUAUCUAGUUGGUUGAUCGAACCACUCACACCACCUGUAAAAUCACAGUUUAUGACCAAUCCUGGAAAGUACCUCGAAGCAAAGAACCCACAACUCAACUACCUCUUGGCAUAUGAUACAAAUGCAGAAACCAGAGACAGAAUGUACUUGACCAACGGAGUAAACUAUUUGACUCUUACCAACUCUGGAAACAUUCUGAUGACUAGAAAUCUAUCGGCAUCUGCUCUAUCAGAUUCCUUGUUGCCGCCGUUCCUUAUGUCACCAGUAACUGCCGUUGUCCCUCAAGGCAAUCCAAGGCUUGUGUUACUUGACAACUCUGACCUUUGUGUCUACCACGGUGCAACCGAACCACAAACAAUUGCCUGGUGUCUGGGAACAUCUGGACUUGGUGGUCGCGUUCUCAUUGUCAUGCCAGAACUCCUCACUAACCCAUCGCUUCGUGGUAUUGCCCUCCUGUCAGAUACUGGAAAGAUUGUAUGGAGCAAGUUUGAUUAUCAGGAGCGUCCUGUCUAUCCACACAUGUCGAGAUUCCAAUGCAACCUUCCUCUUGGUACCUAUUUGGAAGUUGGACAAUCGCUCCGUGCCGACCAAUUCAUAACCAACGGUCGUGACUAUUUACUACUUUCAAUAGAUGGUAACUUGAAACUUUACUCGAGCAUGAAUCCACUCGACCGACAGUCCAACCCCACCUGGAGCACAAACCUCAAUACAUCGUCGCUCCAGGGUCCAUUUACAUUACAAGUCAGGACAAGCGGAAUUUAUUUACACGAUGCCUCCACCAACACUGACUAUUGGUCUAUCACCUCUCACAUAACAACAAAAUACCUCACCAUGCAAUUCUCAGAUGCCACACAAGUAGGUUUCUUUUUGGUUAAUGACAAUGAAAUAACAGGCGGAAAGAUUCUCAAUAGCAGUGCCGCCUCAAGUCAGCCAAUCAACAUCAUGGGUUCCUCUGGAUCAGUUGUUGUCCAAUCCAAUCAAAUGGACCCUCGAGACGUUUCAUUAAAGCUCCAAUAUUCAAUGCCCAAAUCGAGAUGGGAAUUUGUAUUUUCAGGUGGAUCUAUUGAUAUGAUUGCAGAUCAGACACAUGAAUAUGCUUCAUCCUCCUCCUCUACAAACUCUCCUGCAGACAUAUCGGUAUCUCUCAAAUUUGAAAACUCCCUUCUCUGUUUUACCUACUGCACCUCUGGAACCAACUGCGAUAGCUGGUGCCCUAGUUCAAUUCCAAACCAACAAUAUUUUACAAUUGUACAAGGAUUCCCAUCACUUAUACUCGUCAACACUAACUAUGAAAUUGUUUACUCUAUUAAUCCCUCAAACUUGGUUAUUCUACUGCUUUAA